UUCGCAAGCUAAACAAAUGAUCGAAAAAUCACCACAAAAAGCCCUUGUACCGUACAUUCAACUUGCACAUCUUUCGCACAACAUUAAGUCUAAAAGCAUGGAGGCUGGGCAUGUCGUAACUCAUCUGGACGUGUUUCUGCAACAAAGCAAGGACGCCCUCUGGGAAGACAUGAAAAAUAGAUUAACAAAAAAAUUUCAGCGAACCCUUGAUUCACUUAAUUGGCCAACACCAAUUGAACUUCCCUACACUCCUGUAACGACUGAACAUUUAUCCGCGUUUAAAAGAGCAUUCAAAGAGUUGCUUUUAUUACAAAAGCCCAUCAAUGUUUCGGAUGAGUUCGAUUCUUCACUAUCAACCGAAAACAAUAGUCUUCCACCUCUCUUACCAAUACAAAUAAUGGUUGAGCCUUUGAUUGUGCGUUUUCGUUAUCAUUUUGACUCCAAAAGGCCUACCAAUCGAAUUGACAAGCCCGAAUGGUAUUUUACCCACGUCCUCACUACAAUACGCGAGCACUCUCCGUUUCUACAAGGUGCUGUGCAGGCGAUUGUCGACGAAGCGGGAUUUCAAAUGUAUCAUGCAAAGAAUGAUUUCAUAAGAUGCUUGCUUGUGGCAGUCAUUAGAAAGUUAAACAAUAACGCCCCAACGUUGUUGAAUUCUCCGCAAGUUUUUUCGCACACGGUAUUUGAAACAUUGCAAUUUGACCAAACACUCCGCGAAUUGCAUAUGUAUGUUCCUCCUGGAGAAAAGGAAUGGAAAGGAUGCGUCGACGUGUUUACCGGAAAAAAGGAAUGGUUCAAGGCUUGGCUAAAAGUUGAAAAGGAAUUUGCAGAGGCACGUUAUAACGACAUAAUGCACACUGAAGAUGCUUGGGAAAUGGAGGAUGAUGAGAUUCCCGAAGAUGAGCUUAAGCCAACCAAAUCAGCCGGAAAAUUAAUCAAUCUUUUAGAGCUGAUAACAGGUCGUUAUAAACUGCUACCGAUGUUCCACAAUCGGAUUCGCUUUCUGGUUGAUAUCCAGGCUGCAUUACUAGAAGCAUAUGCCAAAAGGAUAGAUUCAUCGGUAGACGCUUUCGAGAAUCUGAGUUAUUCUUUCGUAAGAGCAGUUCCAAACUCGCCAAGCGCAGACGGAAAAUCGCUUACUGGCGUAGAAGGGUUAAAAAGGCUUUGUAGAUGGCUCAGCAGUUCAGGUUUCGUGAGCCGAACAAUAAAAGAGUGGGGCGAAGAUUCGUUUUUUCUAGAAUUAUGGCACGAAGUUACUGUGCGAGCGGCGCGCAAUACAGGAACUUCUCCAUUCCCAUCUCCAAUGUCAUCCGAGAAUUCCGAAUCAUCCUCAGCUCACGUAGAAGAGCCGAUCACUGUUGAUGAAGGAACAGUUUUUGAUGAUCCGGCGAGUUUGUUUGAUGGUUCUUGUAAAAGGAUUCAAGCAUUAAUAAUAAAGAAUAUUUCCAGAGAAUUUAUUGAUGGUUUAAAGGCGUACACUAAAAAGAAUAAUUGGUCCCGAUCAGACAUAUAUGGUCCUGAUUUUAACUUAAUCCCAGUUCAACAACAAUUAAAUAAAUCGCUCAUUACGGCAGAAGUGAUCACACCCCUGGAAUCAAAAGAUUCCAACAAGAUUGAUUUGUCGCCAGAACUUUACACCCCACUAUCAGAAUUGGCACAUUCUCUUACUUUUCUAUCCAACAACUUGCCGGCAAGAGUUUUCAAGCUAUUAUACAAGGAAAUAUCAAAAGAGUUGGAGGAAUAUUUGUGGGAUCGUGUGUUAAUGAGAAAUCAGUUCUCUGAGAUGGGUGGCUGGCAAUUCGAAGUAGACAUGAAAAAAGGUUUGUUCACAGUUGGAAAGCGAUGGAUUCAGAAGCCCGAAAAUUACUUUAGAAG